AUGUUACACAUCUGGCUGGACGCGUUCAUCCAAUCCGUGUUAUCGGUGGGUCCGAUCAUCUUGGGGGUGAUGACCGAAAGGGGGCGCCUGGCGACGAAUUCCUUCUCUCCUCACCUCACCGUCGUCAUGAUAUUCGUGAAUUUGGUCAUGAGUCUUCUCUGCUCCAUCAUCACGUCUGCGGCGCUGGGGGACCUGGCCGCGAUGUACGACACCAAUCUCACCGACGUCGUGCGAAACGGGCCGGGAGUGAGCGUGAUCGCGUACAGCCACGCCUUGACCCAUCUGCCGUUCCCACCGAUCUGGUCCGUGCUCUUCUUCCUCGUCCUGGCCUUUCUCAGCCUGCCUUCCAUCCACAGCUUGAUCGCCGUGCCCAUCUCCAUCACGAGCGAAAUCUGGCCGAAAAAGCAUCGACUGGUCACCGUCAUCUGGACGACCGCACUCUUCAUCGUCGGCCUCGUUUUCUUCACCAACAUGGGAGUGUACUUGGUGUGCGUGACGGAUCACUAUGCCCUGACGUGGGGGACCCUGGCGAUGGGAAUCGCGGAAUGCGGCACCGUGUGUUGGCUGUACGGACGAAAGCACUGGAAGAGUGACAUUCACGGCAUGAUCGGUGAAGACCCGUGGAAUCUCACCCUCGUUGCUUGGUCCGUCGUCUCGCCCCUCGCCAUAAUGGGAACGUUGGUGUUUUCUUGGGCGUCGUACAAACCGCCGGAGUGCGGGAGCGUGGACUUGCCCACGUGGAUGGAAGUUCUCGGCGGAUUCGUCGCCUUGAUGCCGCUCUUCGUUUUCCUCAUUCACGCUGCUUAUUCCGCCUGCGUCCACGGAAAGGGUGACCAACUCGAUUAA